AUGGAAAUGCAAGAUCCAAAAGUGAAUGGAGCCCUCCCUUUGGGUGCUGAGGACCUGUCUAGUUACAGGCAGGAACUUGAGGGCUUCCUGUCCAGCCAUGGUCCAGCUCCUGGGGAGAAGCCAGUCCAGUUCAUGGAUAUGAGUUCAUAGUUCGAGGGGAAGACAUCGUUUGGAAUGCCGGUGUUCAACCUCAGCAAUGCCAUCAUGGGCAGUGGCACUGGGCUGGCCUAUGCCAUGGGUCACACAGGAGCCCUCUUCUUCCUGGCCCUGCUGCUGUGCAUCGCACUGCUGUCUUCCUACUCCAUCCACCUCCUGCUCACCUGCGCCAGUGUUGCAGGCAUCCGAGCCUAUGAGCAGCUGGGACAGAGGGCAUUCGGGCCUGUGGGGGAGGUAGUGGUGGCCACCAUCAUCUGUCUGCACAUGUUGGGGGCCAUGUCCAGCUACCUGUUCAUCAUCGAAUCCGAACUCCCCCUGGUUAUCGGUGCCUUCCUGAGCAAAGAACCUGAGAGGAGAUGGUGGGGGAAAGGAGACCACCUGAUCAUAACGGUCAGCGUGUUAAUCAUCCUGUCCCUGUUUCUCAUGAAACACUUAGGCCAUCUGGGGUAUACCAGCAGCCUCUCUCUGAUCUGCAUGCUGUUUUUCCUCAUUUCAGUCAUGUAUCAGAAGUUCCAGAUUUGCUGUGGUCUACACUGCAAUGAGACAGCAAUGGAGACUGUGUCCUUGGACCUCACCAAUACCUGUGAGGCCCAGAUGUUCACAGUUGACUCGCAGAUGGCCUACACGGUGCCCAUUAUGGCCUUUGCCUUUGUCUGCCACCCUGAUGUGCUGCCCAUCUACACAGAGGUGCACAGGCCUUCCCAGCGCAGGAUGCAGGCCGUGGCCAAUGUGUCCACUGGGGCCAUAUUCUGCAUGUACACGCUCACAGCCACCUUUGGAUACCUCACUUCCUACAGCAGCGUGAAGGAGGAGAUGCUGUACAUGUACAGAGAGAAGGACCUGCUCAUCCUCUGCGUGCGCCUGGCGGUGCUACUCGUGGUGACGCUUGCUGUGCCUGUCGUGCUGUUCCCUAUCCUCUGGGCCCUGCAGCAACUGCUCUUCCCCAGGAAGGCCUUCAGCUGGCCACGGCAUGUGGUCAUAGCCCUGCUCCUGCUGGUGUUGGUCAAUGUCCUUGUCAUCUGUGUGCAGAACAUCCGGGACAUCUUUGGGGUUAUUGGGUCCAUCUCUGCCCCCAGCCUUAUCUUCAUCCUUCCCAGCAUCUUCUAGCUUCGCAUUGUCCCCUCUGAGGUGGAGCCCCUCUGCUCCUGGCCCAAGAUCCAGGCCCUGUGUUUUGGCAUCCUGGGGGUUCUCUUCAUGGCAAUCAGUCUGGGCUUUCUGUUUGCCAACUGGGCCACAGGCCAGAGCCCCAUGCCUGGACACUGACCUGGUCUUCCCUGCCCCACUUGGUCCCCAUGCACAUGUGCAUACAUAUGUGGAGGGACUUGGGGCUACUCUCCUGGGUCCCUCCAGCAUGGGGUAUGGAUGUGGCUGGUCCCCAUAGAUG